CUUGUUGCCAUCAUCAUCUUUCCUCGGCGAGACGCGUCGACCUUAUGUCUGCUCCCCAGCUGAGCAUUCAGACAUCGCUGACCCUCAACGACCUCUUCUCCGACUCCCGCACUCAUGGAUACUCUGGGCCUAGUCGCAACGUACGCCUACAAAGAGCCUGCGCCAACGGCAGAAGUGCUAUAUGCAAGAGCGAAGAUGGUUCCCGCUGUGCAGUGGCAGGCAAAGAAUCUCUUCGCGUACUGACCAUCUUGGACCCCACUCAGGCCAGAACUUCCGAGCAUAAAGCUGCUGUUGGACGCGGCGGCCAUCGAGUAGAAGCCUCUCGCAAUCUCUGGGAAGGAAGCGGUCUGAAGAUAGACAGUGCCAGUACUGAUGUCGCCUGGGGUUUUGGUCAGUUCAACAACAAGAUAUUGACGAGCGCUCGUAACGGAGAAAUUAUCAUGUGGGACUUGGUGAAAUCUAAGUAUGAACGACGGACGAAGGACCAUACGCGUUCGAUACACAAGCUUUCAGUGUCUUCCAUUGUUCACCAUUACUGUGUUACUGGAUCGUCUGAUGGCGAUUUGCGCAUAUGGGAUAUUAGGGAUCUCAGCAAGUCUAUCAACCGCAUACGUUAUCCUACCACAGUGCGGAGUGCAGUCUUCUCUCCUGUAAACUCCCACCCACUGCAAGUUGUGGUCGGUUUAGAUAACGGUAGCCUGUAUCGAUGGGAUUUACAGAUGGGUCAACGUGGGCAGUUGGAUCGUAUACCUGUCGCGCACACAGCGCCUGUAACGGCCCUCGAUUGGUGUUAUACAGCUUCCAAUACGAUGCCAGGUGCGCCGACUAUGGUUCCAGGUGGGGAUAUCCCGAAUGGUGGUCUAGGAUGGAUAGUUUCUGGUGGACUGGAUCGUUGUGUAAAGGUUUGGGACCUGACAUGGCCAUCGACUUGGGUCCAUAUCCCUCACAAAGCAACAUACACUCUACAUCCUUCGUUUCCAGUUCGUCAGGUUCAGUGGCGCCCGUCAUACGAAUGCGAGAUCGCCAUAGUGUCGAAUGCUGAGCUCGGAACGGGCUCUAAUCCAGACAUGUCUCAACCGUCGGCUCUUGCAGGAACCGCCGAAAGAGGAAACCGUACCUUUGGACUUGAUGUUGCUGGAUUUGGUGGUCGAGAUGCGUCUCAGAACGGAGUAAACAAGGACAGCAACUCGGGUUUGGCACCAGGAAUGAAGGCACCCAAUGUCGUAGUUGGAAUGGGCGAUGCAAUCGAAAUCUGGGAUGUGCGAAGAGGUUGGAUAGCAAAGUGGUCUGUAACAGGUUCUGCGAUAGAGGGUGGUGUCACGGAUAUGACAUUCGGAGACUCACAUGCCAUUUGGGCGCAGCAUUCGUCUGGAAUGUUUUCUCAGAUUGAUCUCAGAGAUGCUACCAAGCCUCUUGAUGCGAUCACGAAGGUAUCCGCAAGUUGGGAGGCUUCUGGCACCCUAGCGUUCGUAUCCAAUGACAAGAAGCUUUGGGAACCACCUUAUGACGAUGUAUCCCCGGAGCAACGCGAACGGAUGCCCCAAUAUGGGAAGUCAAAACUUAAAGCUCUGGGAGACAGUCCAUACGUUCCAGAAUGCCAGGCAACGGGCACCUACAAUCUACCAGGAGCUGAACAUGAAGUAGCGGCUUUCACCAGAUUAGCGAAAGGUUACAGAUUCAAAGGUGAAGAUCGGAAACAAAUAUGUGCUCUCAAUGCACAGCUGGCCUUUCAGACAGGGAGAAAUCGCGCGGGACAAGUGUGGUUGCUUGUUGAGGCCUCACUGGCUGACUUAGUGCCAGAACCUGAAGAUGAAAAUGGAAGUGCUGGUGUCCAUUCGAAUCCAGUGAAACUAUUUUCGGCGCCUGGUAAUGUUCCGUCGUCUCCAUCUCCUGGGAGGCAUAGUCUUCCUCUUGAGAGAACAGACUCGUCGGCCACUCUGACGAAGAAAGUCAGCCCUGGUCGGGGUUCCGGGUAUAAUGUUGACCCUGGAUCUGCACAGCGCAGUGUUUCCGGUUCACGUCGAAUGACACCAUCAUCGUCUAAGAAUUCUUCACCAAGACAAGGCGUUUCCCCUCUUCCUCCAGGUACACCAUCACCGUUGGGAAGAAGAGAUUCAGGAGAGUCCCCAAUGAUGCGACGUCCUUCUGUAUAUCGUCGGCCGUCCGUGUCGAUUCACAGUUCAAGCCCUGGAGACAGAAGUACCAGCAGUCUCCGACACGUCGGGGAGGGUGCUUUAGAUGAUUCCGACUCAUCUCCAAGCGGGAAUGAAGACGAUGUGGAAAUGGCAGGCGAUGGUCCUACUAGCGGCGAUGAAGGCGUCCAGAUACCUUUCUCGCCUAAUCAUCCUGCAAGGAGGUCAUCAUCAGUACUCCCCAGUCCGCUCUCCCAUGUCAUUGGCCAUUCACGCUGGUCGGAUCAUGAAGAGGACAAUGAAGAGGAUGACGAUGACGAUGACGACGCGUCGCCAUCACCUCGCUCCACUGAUUCAGAAUAUGAUGACAAUCAUGAGUCGCCCCGACCUUCACCACGUUUGCCUUCAAGGUCCAGCUCGUCAAAGAGAUCAACAAGACCGAGUUCUCUUCUAAAGAAAUCUCGUAGCCGUAGUUCAACUAUCGCUUCUCUGCCGGGUCCCGGUUCCACAAAACCGCUGAAGCUCAGGACUUCACAGAGCAGCAUUAAAACUGUUACUGUGGGAGAAGGCCUCCAGUCUGAAAGUGCGAAUGGCAUCAAGACCGAGGAGACCGCUCGUGACGUAACUCAUCAGAAAGAGAAGAGCACGACUAUUUCCGAAGCCAUGUUAGAUGUGGGCGAAGGAGAUGGUAGUUUCCCCGCUGUUGUUGUCGAUGUGACAGAUAGACGCCAAGAUCUCGUUCGGUUGGAGGAGAAAAGGUGUCGAGAUUUGGCAUGGGAGGCCUUGCGCAACGCUCUCGAUGACUUUGCUGAUGAGGGUGACAUGCAAAUGUGUGCGAUGUUGUCUGUUCUAGUGGCCAAAGAACUCCGCAUAGAUAAACGAAGAGUCGUUGGCUUCCUUGACUCCUACAUUGAUAAACUUGCCAGGCUGCGACUACACACUUGUGCUGCGUAUUUGCGGAAGGUCUGUGAGGCUGAGGAGAUUCGACAGGCCAGUCAGCUUGAAACUACCAUCUAUACUUCAUGCGGUCGAUGCCGCAAAGCACUGGCACUGCCUCUUGGUACGACUGACCGCAACGCAGGUUACUGGCUCUGUUCGGCGUGCAAAGCGCCGCCGGCAAUGUGUAACAUAUGUCGACUUCCUGUCCGCGGCCUUCUUUUCCAGUGUUCAAUAUGCUCUCACGGUGGCCAUCAUGUCUGCUAUCAGCGAUAUUACAUGCAACGACCAAUGGUGCACCUUCCAAAGUCGUUUCUGCCGGCUACAGCCGCCACUGAAGAUCAUCGGGGGCGAUCAGUUGCUCGUAGCUCUACAGAGACCGUUGUAGAUGAUGAUAGCAGUUCGACCACUAGUGCCGUGAGCACGGUUGAUGUGCAAACAUCCGAAACUACGAAUACCGUGAUGGACAAGAUGAGUGAUUUCAUAGGUCAUCCGUGCGCGGCUGGUUGUGGACAUUUUUGUUGGGCAGCAAACGGUUCCAAUGAUAGCGUAUGAUGACAAU